UCCCGGCUCGAGUCGGAGAACAACUGCUUCCCUUUGUCUGCCGCUACAGUAGUCAAAAAAAAACAAUUCAGGAGAAGGUCGAAACUUCGGAUCGAGCAUCCCAGCUUGGAAUUGGUAAUCUUCGCGACAAGAGAGACAGAAACUUCAUCCUCCCCGUCCUUCCUCCAUCCAUCCAUGUCGUGCGUGCGGAUAUCGCGCUGUCCCACAUUUAGCUUAGCUGCGACAGCAACACUUAUCGAUAGGCGCUAUCGGCAUCAGAUACCCUCUGGCGUCCAGCUAGUCUCGGACGGGGAGGAAAUCGUAAUACAUAGUACUCAGUACCAGGAUCGUUGUUGGCACAUGCUGUACGACCGGCAUUACCAGGACGAUAAUAACAAAACAAGAUUAAUGCCUCAUCAGGGUAUGGCUCGGAUGAGAUUCCAGUCAGCUAGUCAAGCUACUAUAGGAGAAGUGAUGCCGCCGAGCUGCUACCGUAGUAUGAGGAAGGGAGCUUCCUGCUUAUCCAGCUGGAGCUUUUUUAUCGUAGUUCCCACUUUAAACCUCGCCCAGCAGCAGCAGCAGCAGCUUCCUAUGGAGUGUGGAUGUGUCUUGGUUUGCUAUAAGCUAGAUAUAAUUCAGAAACAACACAUCAGGUAGUGACUAGUAUAUGAAUAUUUCUUCUGAGUUCUCUUUCGUCUCUCUCU